AUCCACCAAAUGCAUCUCCCAUUGAGUUAUCAUCUCCUCAAUACUUAAAAUGGGUUGUUGAUAAUUCUAUAAUGAACACUAUUCAACAAGCGCAAAUCAAUAUUCAAGCUGCAAUAGAUAAUGUUGAUAAUGUUUUAUUGUUCUACAAUGAAUACGGUUCCGAGUGGCUAAAAAAUGCUAAGGUCAGUCCUGAUGCAUUUGUUCAGAUGGCAAUACAACUUGCAUAUUAUAAACGCUAUGGUGAACCAUGUGCGACUUAUGAAUCUGCUUCUACUAGAGCUUUUUUACAUGGUCGUACUGAAACUACGAGAACUUGCUCUGUGGACACUGUUGCAUUUACCAAAGCUUUUUAUGAUCCAAAUGUUAAUAAAGAUGAAAAAAUUUCUUUACUUAUGAAAGCUAUUAAAUCACAUACUGAGUAUAUGAAUUCUGCUUCUAAUGGUCGUGGAGUAGAUCGUCAUCUUUUAGGUCUUCGAUGCCAAAUCCGUGACGAAGAAGAAAAAUCUAAGGCAACAUUAUUUAAUGAUCCUUCAUAUGUUCAAUCAAUGUACUUUAAACUUUCUACUUCAAAUAUGAGUCCUGCAUUUGGUUUUCACUGUGGUUUUGGUGCUGUA